GCGACGUGCGGCGCGGGACGGUUUCUUCAGCUUGUGGCGCCCCCCGGCGGCAGCAGUGAAGCGAUGUGAGGGCCGGCCCUGAGCGCCCGCCAUGGAGCCGCACAAAGAGGCGCGAACACCCGGGGACCCUGUCGCGUGUCUGCCUGGGACCUUGAGGACUCAGACGCCCGAGGAGGAGGAGCCGCGGGUGGGCGGGUCAGCGCCAGCGGCGUCUGUUUUGGACGCGGAGGCGUGCGGGGCCUGUGCGGACGGGCUGUGGGACCUGCCAGUGGAGCCGGCGGAGCGGAGGCCCGAGUGCAGCCACUGCAGCCGGCCUCAGAAAGUGUGUUUGUGUCCAUUUCUACCAGCGCAUCCUGUACAUAUCUCUACCUACUUGUAUAUAAUUCAGCAUCCAGCAGAGGAAAACAAGGUGUUGCGGACAGUUCCUCUUCUAGCAGCAUGUCUCCCCAAAGAUAAGUGUAAAAUCAAGAUUGGUCGUCGCUUCAGUGAGGAAAGAGAUCCUGAACUUUCAACUAUUUGUCAGAAGUCUGAUACAUUAAUAUUAUAUCCAGGGGCUGAAGCUGCUGAUUUGGAAGAAUUUAUAUUAGAUUCUCCUGUUUAUCCUUCCACAAUAAUCAUCAUCGAUGGCACGUGGAGCCAGGCUAAGGAUAUUUUCUACAAGAAUUCCUUGUUCCGACUGCCUAAACAGGUGCAAUUAAAAACUAGCAUUUCUAGUCAGUACGUAAUUCGGGCGCAACCAACUAAUAGGUGCCUUUCUACACUGGAGUGUGCAGCUGUUGCUCUUUCUAUCUUGGAGAAAAAUAACUACAUACAAGAGACUUUGCUUCGCCCUCUUCAGGCUUUAUGCUCUUUCCAGCUUCAGCAUGGUGCUCAAAUUCGCCUCAGCAAGGAACAUCUUCUGAAAAAUGGAUUAUAUCCUAAGCCAAUGCCAAAGAACAAACGCAAACUCAGGAAAAUGGAACUAUUAAUGAACAGUGUUAAAAUUUAGUACAAUUGUUCUUAUGGUGCUAGUUAUGAUAUCUGCAGCUGACAAUACCAGGUUAACUUUUUUAUACAUUUUAAGUCUGUGCGUUUUUGUCUAAAGAAUAAGAGUUACAUACUGAACUUACCUAGAAGAAGUAAUCCAAAUAGCCAUAAAAACAAGUUUCACUUACUCAAUGAAAAGCAAGAUUUAUUUCAUACUAUACUGUUUUAAAAAUGUACCUCUAAUUUUUUUUUCAGAUCAGUAAUUUGAAAUGUGAUUAAUUAUUGAGCUGGGUUAGAAGUUCUUAUAAAAUGGAAUGAAAAGAAAAUGGUAUGCCUGAUUGGUUCAGUAUUGUUUCUAUGGGUGUUUAUAGAUAAUUACGUAGAGACCUAUAAUAGAGGAUACCUAUAUCAAGUCACAGUCUUUUACAUGAGCUUUAUAGCUUGAAAUAAGUAGCAAAAGAAAAUAAUAAUCAAGUAAUUUAGGUUGAAUUUUUAUUUCAUAAAUAAGUAUUUAGGAACUAAACUUGAAUUCAGCUAAUGUGAUUUAAGUGUGCUAUUUUAGUUGCCCUAAUUUUAAAAAUUAAAGUAUAAUUAGAAAAAGUACAUUUGACAUAUAACAUUAUAUUAUUUUUCAGGUGUGUAACAUAAUGAUUUGGUAUUUAUAUACAUUGCAAAAUGAUCACUACAGUAAGUCUGGUUAACAUCUGUCACCAUACAUAGUUAUAACAAAUUUUUUUCUUGUGAUGAGAAGUUUUAAGAUUUACUCCAUUAGCAACUUUAAACUAUAGUGUAGUAUUACUAAGUAUAGUCACCAUGCUAUAUAUUAUAUCCCCAUGACUUAAAAAAUGGACCUUUUUGACCUUCUUCACUCAUUUCAUUCCACCCUCACUUCCACUUCUGCUUCUGGAAAACACCAAUCAUGUUCUAUUUAUCUUAGAGCUUGUCUUUAUAUAAGCUUCCCCCCUCCUCAGAUUCCACAUAUAAGUGAUAUCAUUUCUUUUUCUUACUUCACUUUGCAUAAUGCCCAGAAGUCCAUCCAUGUUGUUGGAGAUGGCAAAAUUUCAUAAUUUUUUAUGGCUAAAUACUAUUCCUUUAUAGCUACACAUAUUCAUAUAUAUAUAUAUAUAUGUCGACAUACAUAUAUAGACAUAUGUAUGUCGACAUACAUAUAUAGAUACACACACACACAUAGACAAACACACACGCACAUAUGUAUGUAUCACAUUUUCUUCAUCCACUGAUGGAUGCUUAGAUCGUUUCCUUAUCUCGGCUAUUGUAAAUAAUGCUGUAAUGAACAUGGAGGUGCAUGUAUCUUUUCAAGUUAGUGUUUUCUUCAGAUAAAUACCCAGAAGUGGAGUCACUGGAUCAUAUGGUAAUUCUGUUUUCAAUUUUUGAGGAGCCUCCAUGCUGUUUUCCAUAGUGGCUGCAUCAAUUUAUAUUCCCACCAACAGAGCACAAGGGUUCCCUUUUCUCUACAUCCUUACUAGCAUUUCUUAUUUAUUGUCUUUUUGGUGAUAUGGCCAUUCUAACAGGUGUGAAGUGGUAGCUCUUUGUGGUUUUUAUUCACAUUUCCCUAAUUGUUAGUGAUGUUGAGCAUCUCAUGUACUGUUGACCAUCUAUAUGUUUUCUUUGAAGAAAAUGUCUGUUCAGAUAAUAUGCCCAUUUUUAAAUUGGAUUUUUUAAUAUUUAAUUUUAUUAUUUAUAUAUUUUAGAUAUCAAUCCAUUAUUAGAUUCGUGACUUGCAGAUAUUUUUCCCUGUUUAAGUAGGAUGCUUUUUCAUUUUGUUGAUGAUUUCCUUUGCUGUGUAAAAGUUAUUCAGUUUAAUGUAGUCCCACUUGUUUAUUUUUUGCUUUUAUUGACUGCCUUUGCUUUUGGUAUCAUAUUUAAAAAAAUCAUUGCCAAUACCUAUGUCAUAGAGCUUAUUGCUUAUGUUCUUUUCUAGGAGGUUUAUGAUUUCUGGUCUUACAUUUUAAGUCAUAAUACAUUUUGAGUUGAUCUUUGUGUAUAGUGUGAGAUAGUGGUUCAGUUUCCUUUCUUUUGCAUGUGACUGUAUGUGGCUGCUUAGUUUUCCCAACAGCAUUUAUUGAAGAAAAUUUCCAUCCUUAUGGUAGACUAAUUGGCCAUAUAAGUGUGGAUUUAUUUCUGGGUUCUCUAUUUUGUUUCAUUUAUUUUGUGCCUGUAUCAUACUUUUUUGAUUACUAUAGCUUUAUAAUAUAUUUUGAAAUCAGGGAGCAUGAUACCUCUAGCUUUGUUUUCUUUCUCAAGAUUGUUUUGACUAUUUAGAGCUUUUUUGGGGUUUUAUACACAUUUUAGGAUUAUUUGUUCUAUUUCUGUAAAAAUGCCACUGGAAUUUUGAUAGCUAAAGCACAAAAUCUGUAGGUUGUCUUGGAUAGAGCCCCAAUUUUUAACCAGGUGCGUGUCAUUUUGAAAUAGCAAACAUUUUCAUUUUUAUGCAAUCUGGAUAAUUUUAGAUUUCUCUCAGUAUUCAUUGAACAGAUUUGUUGACUGUGAUACCCUUACUGAUAUUGAAGUUUUCACAUGGAAAUAACUGUAGAAUAUAAGACUACUAUAAUUUUGAGAACAAAUUUAAAUAUUUUUAGUGGGCAAAAACUUUCAUUUUGAGAAAAUAAACUUUCCUGUCCGCUUGGGAAAAUAUUUAUGGGGAUUUUUGUAUAGAAUAAGAGAUGUAUGUAUAGUAUAUAUGUAUGUCUAACUCACAUUUACUCCAGUUAUGUACACAUUUAGGCAAGAAGAGGGAGCUCUGGUUUUAUUCUUUAUUACUUCUAGAGUUUCCUGUAUAUACUUUGGAGUUGUAAAGAAAAACUAAACAUUAGAUUUAAAAGUAAGCUUUAUAUGUGCACACACGCACACACACACACUUAAUUUUUCUAGCAUACAGAGCUUUUUUAAGUCACUUAUUCUCAUUAAGCAGUUUUAAAUACAUUUUAAAAACUAUCAUUAUUAAUAUUUUUAGUAACUAAAAUUUUUCAAAAUGUGUAGUAUUAUAUGAGGAUUUAACAAUCUGACUUUUAAAAGUUAUUGCUUUUUUUAUUAUAUUAGUUGACUUUUAACUUCAGAUGCUUUGUACUUGGUUGAAUUGCCUGGACUAGUUCCAGAUUUUGUGGAUUUGUAGCUGAUAGAAGACUUUACAUGUAGACUUUACACUUUGAUGUAGGGUAGAUUAUUUUGUGAAUUGUUAUUUAAGCCAUGUAGUUAACUCAGAGAGUAUUUAUUUAUAUAAAGGUGACUGUGUGUUUCGUCAGCCUGUUUGUGGUGGGUUAAAAAAUCGCUGUGUAUUUUGAGAAUUUUAUGUACAUAAAGUGUUGAGGACUAGUAUACAAAAGAAGUCAUAGCUCUUAGCAGCUUCCUGUAGCUUAGGUUAUAAAAUUUAUUAUAUGAAACAUGAGAGUUUUAUUAAGAAAAAUUAUUUCCCCCCACUUUAAGACUCCAAACCAACUUUCCUUAGCUAUAACCAUUACAAUUUUAGGGUCUUUUCCCUAAGAUUUUGGAAGGAGGAAGCUCUUCACUGACACCAUUGUUAGUGAAAUAUGUAGAAGAACACUUCCAUAUGGCUUUCUUCAUCACAUAUCCCCUUCUUCAUCACAUAUCCCCAUUUAGUGCCCUAAAUUGGCUGUUUAAAAAUGUGAUCAUAUUAAUAGAGAAUCUUUUCCAUUGAAUGAUAUUGAAUUUCAGGAAGGUAAAUUGUUGAUCAUGGAUACAACUUCAUUGGUGUAGAAGUAAACGUUAUUGAUUCUGUAAGUAAAACAUUAAUUUUGACUUAGUAAACUUAAAAGUUUUAUAUAACUGGAUUUUUACUAUGUAGAGUUAUUCCUUAAAAAUAGAUAUGAGUUUUUAAUAGAUAAAUUUUUAUAGAUAAUUGGAUGUUUUUAUAGAUUAGUAAUACUGUGCAUUUCUUUUAAAAUAAUAAUGUGUUUUAGAUGUAGUGAAACUUUGAAUCUGAUUGCUUAUAGCAUAGAAUAAACCACUGCCUUUUAAUUCCUGUAGUGGUUUUGGUAGAUUAUAAUAGAUUAAAAUUUGUGCAGGAAAUCAGUGCUCCCUGACUUACUCUAUGCUGAUGACUUGGCUCCCUUAGUUUAUUAAAAAAGCAUACUAGAGAAACAAAUAAUUGUUUAUUAGUCUUUAAUAAUUGUUCACUUGAACUAACAACAUAAGAAUUAUUUUUUAAAGAAAUUUUAUAGUGUAAGGGAUUAAAAACACUGAAAAAGAUAUUCUUUGAAUAAGAGAUUAUAAUUUACUGUUACUUAAGAAUAUACUGUUGGAGAAGGAAAUGGCAACCCACUCCAGUCUUCUUGCCUGGAGAAUUGCAGGGACGGAGGAGCCUGGUGGGCUGCGGUCUGUGGGGUUGCACAGAGUCGGACACGACUGAAGCAACUUAGCAGCAGGAAUAUGCUGAGGAAUUCAGACAUUUUUAAAAGUACAUCUGCCUCAGGAUUAUUUUCAUCACAGAUGAACUCUUCAUUAAUUUUGUAUGCUAAAAGUAUUUAUCCAUUUCUGUCUCCAGAUAUGUUAUUUGCAAGGUGAAAAAUCUCUUAUUACAUUUUUUGCGUAUAUUUAAUUUUAUGGGAAACAUAAUUGAUGUGAAAAAGGCAAUAACUUACCAUGUGAAAAAUAUCAGAUUUUAUAAAUAUAAUUGCAUAUUUUAAAGCUUUAUUAAAUAAUUUUAUUUCUAAAAUUGCAUCUUUCUUAAUAUAGUCAAUGAAGAAACAGUUAAAAAUAUACAUGAAAAACCGUGAUUUUGUUUCUAAAAUGUAAGCUUGCCUUUUCACAUCUCUGGGUUUUCUGCAAUUAUAGAAAUGAAACUAGUAUUUUAGCAUACAUUUAAUAGUAUUGUUUACUAACUCUUAGAACUUUUGCAAAUUCAAAUUCUAUGGGGCAAUGACAGAUACUUCCACCCAUGAUGGGUAGUCUUUUAUAAAAGAAAAAUAUCCGUUUAGUGAAUAAAGUAAAAAUAAAAAUGAGUGGAAACAGUAUCUUUCAGGCAAAAUAUAUUAAUAAAUUGGCUAUUCCUUUAAUUUAUAAAGGGUUCAUUCAGUAAGUUAAAAUGGGAAAAAUGGAUUGUGAUGUUGCUUUUUGAUUUUUUAAUUUGUGCUAAUUGAUUUCAUUACUUUUCAGAGUAUUGGUCUUCAUUUUAGCUUAACGUUUAUUAAUGUUUAUUUUUACAGGGUAUAAUAAUAGUUUUUAUUUGGAACUUAACAUUUGUAAUUUGUAAUAUCUAAUAUUCAGUAGAUUAAGAUAGUAACAUUAAUUUCCAUUUUAAAAGAAAUCAUUAAAUUACUAAUGACUUAAUGCUUCUAUUAAUUUUUGUUGGUAAGUUAUUUGAAUUAUUUUUAAAAUUAAAAUUGUUAUUAUGUUUUAUUUUUAUGGUGAUUAUCAAUAGCAUUAUUAUUAAAAUAUCUUGAAUGAUUAAUUUGAAAUAUUAGUAUAUGAAUCGUUCCUAGUAUUUUGCAUCAAAGAAGAAAAUGUUAGGCAAUAUAUCUCUCCAUGCAUCUACCAUUAUUUUGGAUAAUUGGACGUGAUGCUUUAGUCGUGAAAUAGGCUUUAGUAUUUAUAAAAGUUCAAGGUCAGUAUAUAGUAAAAGUGUCUUAAGGUCCGUCUUUUAUGUCUGUUAGUAGAUAGAUCUCAGUCUACUUAGUGUUUCUCAGUAAUCAGUACAAUAAACCAUUUAUUAAGUAUUUUUAUGUAGCACUUAGUAUGUAUCAGGGACUCUUUUAAGUACUGAAGAAUAUAGUGAUGUUGAAGACAGAAUCCCUGUGUCCAAGAAGCUGAAGUUUGGUAGUUGGAAACAGGUGUAAUAAAAUGAUUUCAGGUACUGAUAGCCGUUACAGAAGGGAGUUCAGUAGUAGAGUAUCAGUGUUCAGCCAGAGCAGUUGGUAAAGGCCUUGUUGGACGAGGUGACUUUUCUGUUUUUUUGCUAAAUGAUGAGAAGGAUGCAGCACAUAAGUAAUCUUCAGGAAUUUUUCAGGGAAAUAAUCAUGCAGAGAAUCAAAGGACAGGAAUCUUUUUUUAGAGAUAUGCGAUAUUAAGGAUAGCUAUCUGGGUAGAUCAGUAGACUUGCUGAAGAAAAAAAAUGACAUUUUUUAAUCUGAUUGUAUUUUUUCAGUGAAGAAAGUGGUAAAGUUAUUAAACAAGCAUGAAGAAGGAUAUUGAGAUAUGUUUAUGGAGAGAGAGAAUGAGGUAUUUAUCUGGAGAGUGGGUUUACUGGGGCAAGGAGUAGGAUUGUUUGGCAUUGUUGUGUUCCCCUUUCAGAUACAUGAGUAUACAUUUGAAGUAGAUCUGGUUAGCAUGCUUAUGUGAGUUGUGUAUGUGUGUGUUCUAUGUUCUGCUGUGGCGCCUAGUCCUAGAGGAAGCAGAUGAUUGGAUUGUGGUGGUGUUAGAUGAGCACAAGAGAAGGGAAGAGAAUAAGGGAGUCGGGGGUACUGUGUUAUAAACUAGACCACAGAAUCUAGGAUGGAUGAGGAGAGAAGGACAUCUAGACUGUGUGUGUGCAAAGCCUUUUCAGUUGUAUCUGACUCUGUGACCCUAUGGGCUAUAGCCCACCAGGCUCCUCUAUCCAUGAGAUUCUCCAUGCAAGGGUACUGGAAUGGGUUGCCAUUUCCUUCUCCAGGGGAUCUUCCUGACCCAGGGAUCGAACCCAUGUCUCUUAUGUCUCCUGCAUUGGCAGGUGGGUUCUUUACCACUAGCACCACCUGGGAAGCCAUCAAGUAAAGAAUCAAGAGGCUGUGGAAUUGGAUGGCCAAGUUUUGGGGUCUGAAAUUCUCCAAGAAUAACAGGAGUAGUGGUGGAAAGUAGGUACUGAAUUCAUCAAUGAGUGAGGGGAAGUGACUGGACGUUAAUAGGUAAUGUCAACAAGGAGGGAAAGGGGUAAUAGUCUGGUAAUGCCUUUCAAAGGUGCUAUAAGUUUUUAAUGAAGAAAGAGGAAAGAACGGUUUGAUGGAAAGUGACAAGGGCCAUUAAGGAGAACUACUCUGUCUCCAGGCUUUGAGGUACGAGGGAUGUGAGAGGAAAACCAGCUUCCACUUGAGAGGACCACGGGAGAAGCAACGUCCUAAGGGAAUAGCCAGUUGCACUUAUGGUGAGGGAAAUGUUCAAGGAUAGGAGAGCUUACUGGUAAUUAGGUUAAACAUCUAAUUUAUUAUAUCAAUGAGGGAAAUUUUGUCUAUUGGGUGUGACAGCAUACAAACAGUAAAGUGAUACAGGAAUGUUCAAAUGGUAAUACAUAGUCACCCUACUGAUCACUGACCAUGAAUUCUAAAAGGUGCAGUGGAAAGAUUUGUUCAUUGUGUGUAUUUUUCCCAUACUACCAAGGAAUUAAACCAGUUUCUGAGAACACUGACCUAGUGUUCCACAAAUUUAACUCAGUUCUGAUACUCCUGAGAGACAGCGGCGGAUCUCACAGACUAUAGGCUCAACCCCUCAAGUCACUCCCCUGCCUCAGGUCCAGGUUGUCACCUGUGCCUUCUGACCAGCUGGCUGUAGACCAAAGGUAAAACAAUCCUUGCUUUGGGUUGAAUUAGCUUGCUGGAGUGGCUCACAGAACUUUGAGAAACAUUUUACUUACGAGAUUGGCAGUUUACUAUUGGAGGAUGUAACUCAAGAAGAGCCAGAUGGAAGAAUUACAUAGGACAAGGUAUAUGGGAUGGGGCUUGGAGCUUCCGUGCCCUCUCUAGGCUCAUCACUCUCCCUGAAUCUCCAUAUUUUCACUAACCUGGAAGCUCUCUGAACACUUUCCUUUUUGGAUUUUUACAGAAGCUUUGUUAUAUAAGUAUGAUUGAUUAAAUCAACGACCAUUGGAGGUUAAUUCAACCUCCAGCUGCUCUCCUCUUCAUGGUCUUUCUAAUUAUGGCUUAUUUUACUAGAGUUAUAACCUCCAGAAUUGUCCAUGUUGUUGAAAAUGGCAGAAUUUCCGUUUUUAAAAUCAUUAAACACACACACACACCACGUUUUAUUUAUCCAUUGAAGGACACUUAGUUUACUUCCAUAUUUUGGCUGUUGUGGAUAAUCCUGUAGUAACAUGGGGGUACUGAAAGUUUCAACCCUCCAAUCCUGUGGCUGGUACUCCUGGCAGCAGGCCCCCAUCAUUAAGUGCUUAAAAGUCACCUUGUUAACAUAAACUCAGGGUUGGUAGAAAGGGGUUUGUUAUAAACGUUAGGACCCCCUUGUUGCUUUUAUCACUUAGGAAAUUCCAAAGAUUUUAGGAGCUCUGUCGGAAAUGAGAAAGAAGAUGAAAUACAUAUUUCUUGUUAUAAAAUCACAGUGUCACAGUUUGUAAGGCUAGGAAGAGUAGGAAAUGGAUUUUUAGAGAAGUCUAGUGGUGAGUCUAUAGGAUGACAGAUAAUCUUGCAAGUUUGUGUUUCUUAUUGAAAUGACUGGACAUGUAAAGUAUGAUGGGACUAAUCCUGAGGUCAGAACACUCAGUAAAUCUUUAAAUCCCAAGAAUGUUUUUUUAUUGUUACAAAGGAAUAAUUGGCAAAUAUGAUUGUAUAUAUUUAUAUAAUGUGAUGAUUUGAUAUACAUAUGCAUUAUAAAAUGAUUAACAAGAUCAAGAUAAUUAACAUAUCCAUCACCUCACAGAGUUGACACUGGCAACUCUUGUGUAUCUGGUGAGAAUGCUUAGGAUCUAAUGCACAAGUAACUUGAUAUUUGUGUGUACUGCAAAAUGAUCAUCUUAGUAAGUCUAGUUAAUAUCCAUAACCAUACAGAAUUGCAAUUUUUUUUGCUUGCUAUGAGAACUUUUAAGAUUUACUUUCAUAGCAACUUUCAAAUAUACAAAUAUUAUUAAGUAUAGUCCCCAUGCUAUAUAUUAGAUCCUCAGAACUUAUUCUUCUUGUAACUGAAAAUUUGUGCCUGUUGCCCUGUAUCCCCCUCUUCCCUCCUACCCCAGUCCCUGGUAUCUACCAUUCUAUUUUCUUUUCCAAUGAAAUUAGCAUUUUUUUAAAGAUUUCACAUAUAAGUGGUACCAUUUAGUAUUUGUCUGUCUUUAUUUUAGUUCGCAUAGUGCCCUCCACUGUACAUCCAUGUUGUUGCACAUGGCAAGAUUACUUCUUUUUUAUGGCUGAAUAAUGUUCCUCUGUGUGUGUGUGUGUGUGUGUGUGUGUGUGUGUGUGUAAUAUUUUCUCUUAAUCUGUUGACCCAUUGAAGUACAUUUUGAUUGUAUUCAUGUUUUGGCUAUUGUGAAAAAUGCUGUAACAUGAGGAUGCAGGUUUGUCUUAAAGACUCUGAUUUUAAUUCCUUCUUAUAUAUACCCAGAAGUGGGAUUGCUGAACCAUAUGGUGGCUCUAUUUUUUCAUUUUUUGAGGAACUGUCAUUUUAGUGGCUGUACUGUUUUUACAUUUCUGCCUGCAGUGUUUAGGGGUUCCCUUUUCUCAACAUUUUUGUUCUCUCUUGUGUUCUUGAUGCUAGCUCUUCUAACAGAUAUGAGAUGAUAACUCAUUGUAGUUUUAAACUGUUUUAUUUCUUUAUUGAAGUAUAGUUGGUUUCCAGUUAUCAUAUUCUGCAGCAUUCUUGCCUGGAAAAUUCCGUGGUCAGAGGAGCGUGGCAGGCUACAUGGGGUUGCAAAGAGUCGGAUACGACUGAGCGACUGACACUAUCAUAUUAAUUUCAGGUGUACCACACAGUGAUUCAAUUAUAUGUAUGUAUCUGUGUGUAUAUAUAUGUAUCUGUGUGUGUAUAUGUAUAUAUAUAUUCUUCUUUAGAUUCUUUUCCAUUAUAGGUUACUACAGAAUAUUGAAUAUAUUUCUCUGUGCUAUACAGUAGGUCUUUGUUGGUGAUCUAUUUUAUAUAUAGUAGUGUGCAUAUGUUAAUUCCAGCCUUCUAAAUUAGAAGGGAUAAAUUGCCCCUCCUCCUCUUUCCACUUUGGUAACCAGAAGUUUUUUUUCUGUGUCUGUGAGUUGGUUUCUGCUUUGUAAAUAAGUUCAUUUGUAUUUUUUUAUUCCACAUAUAAGUGAUAUCACAAUACUUUUCUCUGACUUCACUUAGCAUGAUAAACUCUAAGUCCAUCCAUGUUGCUACAAAUGGUGUUAUUUUGUUCUUUUUUAAUGCCUGAGUAAUAUUCCCUCACACACCCACACACACACCCACACACCCAC